AUGGCGCGAACCCACGCCGAGAUCCUGGCGGCGCCGUACGUGCGCGGCCAGACCGACCUCUUUGAGUACCUGACCGCGCUCAUGUCGACGCGCAUCCUCAUCUUUGACGGUGGCAUGGGCACGAUGAUCCAAAAGCACAAGUUUUCCGAGGAAGAGUACCGCGGCGAGCGCUUCAAGGACUGGCCGCACCUCGUGAAGGGCAACAACGACCUCCUCUCGCUCACGCAGCGCCAGAUCAUCAAGGACAUCCACACCGAGUACAUGGAGAUUGGCGGUGCGCAGCUCAUUGGCACCAACACGUUUUCGGGCACGACGAUUGCGCAGGCCGACUACCACAUGGAAGACAUCGUGUACGAGAUCAACUUCGAGAGCGCGGCGUUGGCGCGCGAGGCGUGCGACGAGCUCACGGCCAAAAACCCGCUUUUGCCCCGCUUCGUCGCCGGCUCGAUCGGCCCCACGAACCGAACGCUCUCGAUCUCGCCCAAUGUCGAGGACCCGGGCUUUCGCAACGUCACCUUUGACGAGCUCGUCCAAGCGUACUACGAACAGAUUGAAGGCUUGAUGGACGGCGGCAGCGACAUCCUCCUCGUCGAGACGAUCUUUGACACGCUGAACGCCAAGGCCGCGGUCUUCGCCGUCGACAAGUACCAGACCGACAAGCAGACGCGCAUCCCGCUCUUCAUUUCCGGCACGAUCGUCGACAUGAGCGGGCGUACGCUGUCGGGGCAGACGACCGAAGCCUUCUACGUGAGUCUCCGUCACUCGAAGCCGUUCUGCAUCGGUCUCAACUGCGCGCUCGGCGCCAACCAGAUGAAGCCGUUCUUGCGGCGCCUCGCCAACGUCGCCGAGUGCUUCGUCUCCGUGUACGCGAACGCGGGUCUGCCGAACGCCAUGGGCGGCUACGACGACGACCCGGUGCUCAUGGCCGAGUACUGCGGCGAGUUUUGCGAAGAGGGCCUCCUCAACAUGAUUGGCGGCUGCUGCGGCACGACGCCCAAGCACAUCGCUGCGAUCGCCGCCGCCGCCGCCAAGCACCCGCCGCGGCCCACGCCGUCGCCCAAGGCGCCCUUCAUGUGGCUCUCGGGGCUCGAAGACAUGGUCGUCACGAAAGAGCGGUUCGCGUUCCUUAACGUCGGCGAGCGCUGCAACAUCUCGGGCUCGAUCCGGUUCAAGAAGCUCAUCUUGAAGGGCGACUACAGCACGGCCAUGGAGGUCGCGCGCGCGCAGGUCGAAGAAGGCGCGAUGGUCGUCGACGUGAACGUGGAUGACGGCAUGCUGGACGGCGUCGCGGCCAUGGAGCGCUUCCUCAAGAUUGCGGUGACCGAGCCAGACGUGUCCAAGGUCCCGUUCAUGAUCGACUCGUCCAAGUUUCACGUCGUCGAGGCCGGGCUCAAGUGCGUCCAAGGCAAGUGCAUCGUCAACUCGAUUUCGCUCAAGGUCGGCGAGGCAGAGUUCAUCCGGCACGCCAAGAUCGUCAAGAGCUACGGCGCGGCGGUCGUCGUCAUGGCGUUCGACGAGUAUGGCCAAGCCGCGACCGAGGCCGAGAAAGUCCGCAUCUGCAAGCGGUCGUACGACAUCCUCGUCGGCCCGCACGUCUUGUUUCCACCCGAAGACAUUAUCUUUGACCCGAACAUUCUCACGAUCGCGACCGGCAUGGACGAGCACAACAACUACGGCGUGGACUUUAUCAACGCGUGCCGCGUCAUCAAGGCACAGAACCCGUACUGCAAGAUCAGCGGCGGCGUCUCGAACCUCUCGUUCGGCUUCCGCGGCGUCAACGUCAUCCGCGAGGCCAUGCACAGUGUGUUUCUGUACCAUGCGGUCCAGGCCGGCAUGGACAUGGGCAUUGUCAACGCUGGCAUGCUCCAGAUCUACGAUGACAUUCCCGCCGACCUCUUGCAAAUCGUCGAAGACGUGGUCUUGAACCGGAACCCCGAGGCCACCGAGAAGCUCCUGGACCGAUCGGUCAUCGAGCGCGAGAAGGCUGAGGCCGCCAAGAAGGGCGGGACGGGCGCGGUUGUCUCGCAGCAGGAGUGGCGCACCAAGCCCGUGAACGAGCGCCUCACGCACGCGCUUGUCAAAGGUAUCUCGGACUACAUCGACGCGGACGUCGAAGAGAUGCGGCUGCUCUGCGCGCGGCCGCUGCACGUGAUCGAAGGUCCGCUCAUGGACGGCAUGAACGUGGUCGGCGACCUCUUUGGCGCGGGCAAGAUGUUUCUGCCGCAAGUCAUCAAGAGUGCGCGCGUCAUGAAGAAGGCGGUGGCGUACCUGCUGCCGUACAUGGAAGCCGAGAAGGCGGCCAAGCAAGCGGCCGACAAGGCCAACGGCAUCGUCAGCGAAGUGGAAGACGACGACUCGAUGUACGCGGGCAAGGUGCUCAUGGCGACGGUCAAAGGCGAUGUGCACGACAUUGGCAAGAACAUCGUCGGUGUCGUCCUUGGUUGCAACAACUACAAGAUCAUCGACGCCGGCGUCAUGGUGCCGUGCGAGGAGAUUCUGCGGCUCGCCAGAGAGCACAAGGUCGACAUCAUUGGCCUCUCGGGCCUCAUCACGCCGUCGCUCGACGAGAUGGUGUUUGUGGCCAAGGAAAUGGCCAAGGCCGGCAUGACGCAGCCGCUCAUGAUUGGCGGCGCGACGACCUCCAAGAUGCACGCGGCCGUCAAGAUCGCGCCGCAGUAUGCGACGAUCGACCACCCGGUCAUCCAUGUGCUCGAUGCGUCGCGAUCGGUCGUCGUCGUCGGCAACCUCCUCAAGGAAGACGAGAAGGCCGAGUUUGUCGAAGAGAUCCUCGAAGAGUACGAAGAGAUGCGCGAAGACUACUACGCGUCCCUCGACGACGUCAAGAUGGUGCCGUACGACCGGAUCCGGGAGCGAGGGCUGCAGAUAGACUUUGCGACCUCGCCGCCGCACGGGCACAGCCACUUUCUUGGGAACCACGUGGUCGAGAACGUCGACCUUCACGACCUGCUCCCGUUCAUCGACUGGAACCCGUUCUUCCAGACGUGGGAGCUCCGAGGCCGGUACCCGAACCGCGGCUACCCCAAGAUUUUUGACGACGAGAACGUCGGUGCUGAAGCCAAGAAGCUCUUUGACGACGCGCAAAAGAUGCUUAAAGAGAUCCUCAAGGCCAAGUCGCUCUCCGUGCGCGGCGUGAUUGGCAUCUACAAGGCGCACCGCGUCGGCGAAGACGUCGUCCUCUACGACCCCAAGCAGCCCACAAAGGUCGUCGCCACGUUCCACAUGCUCCGCCAGCAAGCCGAGAAGGAGACGGACGAGCCGUACUUGUCGCUGGCCGAUUUCGUGUCGCCGGCCGAGCUUGGCUUGGAAGACCACGUCGGCAUGUUUGCGGUCGGCUGUUUUGGCGUCGAGGAGCUCGGCGUCCAGUACGAGGCCAAGCACGACGACUACUCCAAGAUCAUGGCCCAAGCGAUCGGUGACCGGCUCGUGGAGGCGUUCGCCGAGUACAUCCACCGCGACAUGCGCGUCCGGCUCUGGGGCUACGCGCAGCACGAAGAGCUCGCGCAAGAAGAUCUGCUCAAGGUCAAGUACGACGGCAUCCGCCCCGCACCCGGGUACCCGAGCCAGCCCGACCACACGGAGAAGCGCACGAUGUGGAACCUUCUGAACGCCGAGGCGCUCGGGUUGCAUCUCUCGGAGAACUUUGUGAUGAUGCCGGCGUCGUCGGUGAGUGCGCUCUGCUUUGCGCACCCGGCGUCGCAGUACUUUGCGGUCGGCAAGAUCGCCAAGGAUCAAGUCGAAGCGUACGCGGCCCGGAAGAAGCAGUCGGUCGAGUUGACGGAAAAAUGGCUCUCGCCAAUCCUCGCCUACGACCGCGACUAA